AUGCUCGAAAAUAAAUUCCUGGAUGAUUCCGUGAAGAAGUUGCAGAGCUCAGACGAUGAAGAAAUUCUAAACGAUGGCAAGUUCAAGCGCCAGAAGACUCUGCGGCUGUACAUGAUCAUCGCGUGCCUGGUCGUGCUCAUUGGCGUCAUUGUCACCGCCGCAGCGGUGUACGCAAUCAAUCAAGACUAUAGAAACGCUGGACUGAAAAUCAUGGAUUCCGAAUGA